CAAAUCGUUUCUCUGUUUUCCAGGGUAUCUUUGUGCCACCAGAUCGAUAGAUAUGAAACAAAGGGUUCUCCACUGCGUGCAGAAGAUAAACCCUCUCAAUUGCGUGAUAUGUGGAUGCGUGUUGCGUUGUGUUGGUGUGAUGUAGAUCGCAAGGACAGGGAGGAAGUGUUCAAAAGCUGCGUCGCCGACAUCGUGCAUGAGCGUGUGCUGCUCAUGGGCCCUGGUCGCGGUGGAAAGACGGGACUGGCGAGGUCUCUGGCAGAGAAGGAGUUCAAAAAGACCGCAAGCACGCUAGGCAUCGACAUGGACAAGCUGACGUUCAUCUUGGACGAGAGUGAGGAAGGUGCGUACAAAUUGAAGCCAACGAAUGCGGCAGACCAUCUAGCCCAGUUGGCUGCUUCAAUUGUCAACACAGUUAUGCGCACUGAAGCUCAUUACUCUCGGCAAGGAAAUGUCAGCGGCGCAAGCGCUAACCAUCACCAGGCAGCUGGAGCAGUUCGCACAGCUUUGAGCAACUUUUUCAAGCGCCUGGAUGAGGCUCGUGGUUUGGAUGAGGACACCAUACACAUCGAUGUGUGGGAUUUGGCAGGGCAGAUGCCAUUCCACGCAUUGCAUGACCUGGUGUUCUCACCCGAGCGCACCACGUACUGCGUCGUCUUCAAUGCAAGCAUCGAACUGGGUACACCGUAUGCGGAUAUCCUGACUGAUGAAGAUGGCGAGGACAAUCAGCUCAACAUCAACCAACCCACCUGUACCUACUUUGAUGUCAUCGACUCAUGGCUAUGUACAGCCCGCGAAGCAAUCACAGACAACGCCACUGCACCGAUCUACCUCAUUGGUACGCACCUGGAUGGUAUGACUGAAGAAGAUGUUGGCAAGCGAAGGAGACAACUCCAACAACUAGCUGACAACAAGAAGUACACUGACAGCAUUGAGCGAGUCAUCUUCGUUGACAACACUCUGUCUGGCUCAAAGGUUGACCCAGGAGUUGCAAAGUUGCGUGAAGAGCUGGCGAGCGUAAUUCGGCUCCGUCGCAGAGAGAAGCUGCCAAUCUCGUGGUUGCCAUUCCCAGAGGUACUAGAGGCGAUUGCACAGGAGACGUCAUCGUUCAUCAUGAGCUAUGACAGGGUAUGCAGCAUCGCUCAGGAUGCAUGCGGUGAUGCUGAAGUGGAUGUGCCCAGUCUGUUGAGACUGAACCAAUCACUCGGCCAUCUCAUUGUCUUUGAUGAUGAGGGUAGCCACUUCCCAUCUACUUCAAGCACUGUGCCACCUGACGGCCUGCCACCCGCAUCAACAGCAGCACAAGCAGCACCAGUGGAGGCAGAAGCACCAGCAGCACAGCCAGCAGCCCCUGAAGCAGCGGUGGCAGCCAAGAGAGAUGAAGCCGUACUCACGUCCCGACGUCAGCCACAAGCUAUCACAGCAGGAGUAGCAGCUGCAGCACUAGAGCAGAAACAAGUUCUAGCCAGCACUCCAUGGCUGAUGUUGGCAUCCAAGGCUGUCCUUUUGCCAGCACCGUCGCUGUUCAAGCAAGCUCGUGGGUUCAGGAAGCAGUAUAGGCUGCUGAAGGAUGGCAUUCUGUGCGAGUCACUAGCGAUUCACAGAUGGGAGCAGAAGAAGGCCACAAGAGGUCUGGUGCAAUCUCAGGAGCAGCGCCGGAGUCUCUUUUCACUGCUAGCUUCGCAUGGCGUAGUCUAUGAUGCAGAUGAGGUUGAUCCAUUUGUUACAGGGUGUAAAGUGUAUUAUGUGCCAGCACUUGCCCAGUGUAAGCCGUCACAAGCGCUAGAGUCCAAAUCAGCGUCGCUCUACCUGGUUGGCAAAGAUCCAGAAAGGAGCAUCACCCAAGCGCAUUUUGCCCGGAUCACCGUGCGAUGCUUGCAGAAGUACCGACCGCACGGGACGAAGGAUUUGCGCAUGGGCCUCAACGUGUCAAUGAGAUGCCAGAAUGAGUUUCAGCUUCAGCUCUCCUAUUCUUCCACCGCCAUUCGCAUCACAGUCGACACCGACAAGAGGGAGAAGACAAUAGAUCACUGCGUGUCUGUUGUCCGCUUUCUUCUCGGUGCCAUCGGAGAGCUGCAGCAGCUGUAUGGCCAGCGCCUGUUGCUCCUCCAUCCCAGCAUAGCGUGCCUGUGCCGUCACGACAGGCCAUGCCAGCUGCACACCCAGCCCCACUGCCAGAGCACCGGGUGCCAGCACUUUGCAACGAUCGGUACGGACGUCCAACCGAUCCUCUGUGAGCGGCAGCUGGCACAGGUUGACCUGUCAACGUGGGACAGAUGGAUCAAGCCGCUCUACCCGAAGUGCGAUGUUGAUGACUUGUGUCGCUUAGUUGAUGACGGCGCUGCCGGAAUGGAUGAUGGUGUGAAUCCUUGGUGUGAUGGUCGCUACAAGAGAUGGCAUCAGUGGUUCGUGGAAACACUGGACCCACAGCCGACUCGACUGGCAGCAAACUCAAAGGGGCUGAUCACAGAGGCUCUCUACAAAAGGCUGAUGGAUACCAAUCUUCGAGCUGAUCACAAUGAGCAAUUGCUAUGGGCUGCUUCUGGUGGUGGGCGUAGGACAUUCAAGCUGUUCCUCGAGGUCCUUGCGGACCUUGGCUACAACUUUGUGGAAGUGCGGACCAAGCUGCAAGUGCUAGUGUCGCCUGACACUGACAGCACUGGUGCCACAUGCAGUGCGAUCGCUCGUGGAGGGCCAACUCCGCAGGUAUCUACACUUCAGUUCAUCCCAGGAGCCUCCGUGACAGAGUCCGGGAGAAAGCUGGAGGACAUCGAUGAUCAGGUCAGCUUCUGCAGCCAGCUGAAUGAGAUUUUCAGCAAGGAGGAACGAGAUGAUCUGGCGUGUUCGAUUGUGGAGGAAGUGACUGGAAGGAGUGAGAACUUUGAGAAACUGAUUAUCGACUCAUUUCGCCGCCGUCAAGAUGCACCUGAUUACCGUGAUGCUAAGGCUAUUCUUCACUACUGGAUGAGUAAGCGGACUGCCCCACCAUACACGAGUGAUCUGAUCAAGCUCACGCGCGCCGUCUGUCCGUUGCGUCUUUCCAAAAUCAAGGCGUUGUUCGGUAGCUCUGCCAAGUCAUCCGACUGACUCGACUUCCUAAUGCCACCAGUUACGCCGCGUGUGUCUCAGAUGGACAUCAGGAAGGCGUGCAUGCGGUUGUUGUAUAUAAGACCUCAGAUCACCAGUAGCCGCAGGUUUAGUUCCGCCAAACAUGCCAUGUGAUAAUGCUGUACUUGGUUCCAUUCCGCCUUUUCUUCUUUGUUUUCUGCCCUCCUAUUACGUAUAUUCAUUCUCCAAUUCAUUCUCCAAUUCAUUCUCCAAUUCAUUUUCCAAGGUAUCCUUCUAUGCAGAUUAGUAUACUGAUUACAGCUUUAGUUCUGGAUUGUUCUUUUAACUACUGUUGCUUUGUUUAGCUUUAUUUCUUGUUUAACUCCAUUUCUUGUUUAGCUCUAUUUCCUGUUUAGCUUUAUUUCUUGUUCUUGAUUCUAUUAGUAUGUAUAGGUCAUUUCGAUCUCAAUGCAGGGAAUAUGCUUGCUGCGUGUUUCCCAUUUCCACAUCGCCUUUUGAAUGCACCCUGCUGUAUUUCACAAAACAAUACAUGUCUGCUCCCCCCACCUCCCCCCCCCCCCCCGCUCCUCGCCCAGGCCCUGCCCAGUGUCCAGAGUACAGGUAGGUGUGUGUACUGUGGCCCACCCACACACCCCCCCCUCUCCCCCACACCCACCCUUCCCCCCACCCUCCCCCCCCCCCCACCCCUUUCCCCUCCCUGCCCGGUGUCCAUUGUACAGCCCAUUGUACACGCAAAGGCAUGUGUGCAUACUCAGGUCCCCUCCCCUGCACAGCCGCUGAUACCUUUCUGAUGCACAGCUUCUUGCUCUUCCUUUUCAAUUGAAUUUAUAUGAAUAGGCUUGCUCGACUUUCUUGCAUGCUGUUGGAUCCACACUGUCACUGCUUCUCACUUAUUCUAGUUAUGAGUCCAGCAUAGUUUCGCACUUGUUCUGCAGCCGUAUCGCUCCCCCACGUCCGCCAUUUUGCCGUUUCCCGUGACUGCUGUGUCCAGUGCACGUUGCAUAGUGUCGUUUUCAUCUGCCAGAUCCAGAGCUGCUCUAAUAGCUCACCCAAGCAUGGUAACAAGUUACUAUCAACGCUAGCAUACUCUUAGGUACAAUUCUACCUGCUUUUUUUACUGCCUCUUCUCUAGAUCUGCCCCCCCCCUCCUCCCUCUCCUCCCUCACCCUGCCUAAGCCAUUCGCUAUGUACAUGACAUUGUACAUGUAUCUGCCUAAGCUCAUUUCCAGUUUUUCUCGUUGUGGCAAUACUAUCCCGUAGUGUGUCAGGCAUGACAUUGUACAUGUAUCUGCCUAAGCUCAUUUCCAGUUUUUCUCGUUGUGGCAAUACUAUCCCGUAGUGUGUCAGG